AUGAGGAUCGGCAGCCCGCUGGCUGUGCCUUGGUGGCGUGUCCUCCUUCUCUCCUUGAUCUGGACAACUGCCCUCGCCAAGGACGAGCCCACCAUUUCGGCCUCCAAGAUAGAGGGUUACCCUCGCAAUAUCAACUACUUUGAAGAUAGCGACUCCAUCAUCUGGCACAACAUCGACACCGGCAACAUUUUCUGGUCCAAGGAUGCUGGCGUUCAGUGGGCCAGAAUCGCCGACGUCGCCGAGGGCAAAGCCGUCCUGCUCGUCAUGCAUCCCCACGAAGCAAAGACGGCAUUUAUUCUCACGGCCGGCCAAGAGCAUUAUAUAACGCAGGACCGCGGCGAAACCUGGUCCAAGUUCGACUCCAAAGUGCCACCGAGCCGAUUUCAGCCCGAAGUUUUAACCUUCAACGCCGCCGAUCCGAAGCGCAUCAUUUUCAACGGCAUGGACUGCGACGAAAUAUUCUGCGAUGAAGCGGCUGUCUUCACGAUUGAUGGUUUCAAGACGGCCGAAAAGCUUCGCCAAGACACGGCUGGUUGUUGGUGGGCCAAGUCGUCGCCUGAGUUUACCACUGGCGAUAAGGACCUUGACCAGUCGAGAAUCUUGUGCAUCAUUCGCGACGAACUUUCUCCCCGAAAGCAAGAACAGCGUCUUGUUGUUUCCGACGACUUCUUCAAAAAGGAAAAGGGCGAGAUUCAAGAAUUUGAACCCGAUCUUGACAUCAACAAGCCAGUCCGUGGUGUCACCAAUGUCGCCAUCGUCAAGGGUUAUCUUUUGGUAGCCACAACCUCGGCCCGAAGUGACGAAAUGGCUCUGUAUGUUACUGACGACUCGAAAAAGUGGCAUCGCGCCAUGUUUCCCAGCUCGGACUCGCAUGAGCAUUCACACGCCAUCAACCAAGGCGCAUAUACCGUCCUUGAGAGCACAAACUACAGCAUCCAGGUCGACGUCAUGACUUCCGCUCCAUCUAGGCCCAUGGGUGUCCUAUUUACCAGCAAUUCCAACGGCACGUACUUCACUGAGAACGUGCCCUACACGAAUCGCGACAGAAGGGGCCACGUCGAUUUCGAAAACGUCAGCGGUAUCCAAGGUGUCUACCUUGUCAACACUAUUGAGAACGGAGCAGAUGUCGACAAACAUGGCAAAACGAAGAUUGUGGUCAGCAAAAUCACCUUUGAUGACGGCAGAACGUUUGAAUCCCUCAAAGCUGGCGAAGACACAAUCCACUUGCAUUCGGUCACGGAACUGGACAACAUUGGCCGUGUAUUUUCCAGUCCGGCACCUGGUCUGGUCAUGGGCAACGGAAAUACUGGCAAGUCCCUCAAAAAGCCAUCUGAAUCCAACUUGUAUGUCUCUGAUGAUGCCGGCCAAAGUUGGAAGCAGGCUCUCGAGGGCCAGCACAAGUACGAGUUUGGUGAUUCUGGCUCCAUUCUUAUUGCCGUUAAAGAUUCAACCAAACCCGAUAUUGAUAAGCUCUCCUUUUCUCUCGACCACGGCGAGAAAUGGGAUACUGUUUCUUUCCCAGAUGGUCUGAAAAUCAAGCCCGAAUUCCUCACAUCGGUGCAAGAUGCUACCAGUCUCAAGUUUCUUCUUGUGGGAUCUCGGAAGGGCGAGUACCACAGUUUUGCCAUUGAUUUCGAGGGUCUUCACGAACGGAAGUGUGGUGAGGACGAUAUGGAAGAGUGGCAUGCCCGUGCCGAUGCCGACGGCAAACCACAGUGCAUCAUGGGCCACAAGCAGACCUUUACUCGCAGAAAGAAGACUGCAGACUGCUUUAUCAAGAGCGACUUCAAAGAACCAAUUGCCAAGACAGAAGAGUGCGAAUGCUCUGAUGCCGACUUUGAAUGCGAUUACAACUUCCAGCGCGACCCAGAGGACAACACCAAGUGCAAGCAAGUCGGCGCACUUGUCAUUCCCGAAGACUCAUGCAAGGGAGAUGAUAAGUCUUUCAAAGGCUCUUCUGGGUGGAGGCUGAUUCCAGGAGACACAUGCAAGAGGAAAGAUGGUGCCCAGAAAGAUGACGCCGUCGAGCGGGAAUGCAAAGACGGUGGCAAAGACGGUGGCAAAGACGGCGGAAAAGAUGAUGGCAAGGACGGUAAAGACGGCACUGAACCUGCCAACGGCGAUGUCUCUCACAAAAAGCAUGAUUUUGACACGGAUUUGAAUGACUUUCAGAAGAUUUAUCUGGAACACGGCGACGCCAGCUCCUCAAAGGACGAGACGGUCAUCGUGCGUGCUGCUGAGCAUCGCAGUGGCGGUCAAAUGAAGGUCGAUGACCGUAUCUGGCGCUCUCCCGAUCAUGGCAAGAGUUGGGAACGCAUCCUUGAGGGAGAGGAGAUACAAAACAUUAUUCCUCACGCGUACUUCAACGAUGUUGUCUAUUUCACUACCGCCAAAGAUAACAAAGUCUUGUAUACGAUUGAUCGUGGGCAGAGUUUCCAUCCCUUCACUGCCCCGUCUGAGCCUUCUAAGGAGCCAUUUAGCUUCCAUCCUGAUAAAAAGGACUGGAUUCUAUGGGUUGGCCAGACGUGUGAGAAGGUUGGUGGCAAAGAGUCUUGCUACUUGAAGGCGUCUGUCUCGACUGAUCGCGGCGAUGAUUGGCAUACGCUACGAAAGUAUGUUGACAAGUGCGAGUUCACUGGUAACUCAGAGUACAACACUCGCGCCGAGAAGCAGAUUGUGUGCCUCGCUCAUCGUGAGGAGAACGAGAGCUCUUCAAUGGCAAUUAUCACGAGUGAUGACUUCUUUGAUGAAGAUGUGACGAUGCUGGACAACGAAGUGAGCAGCUUCAUCACCAUGAGCGAAUAUAUUAUCCUGGCCGACAAGGACCCGAAAACCGGAGCCGUGAAACCUCUGGUCAGCAUUGAUGGAAAGCAUUUUGAGAAGACGCACUUGCCGUACAAGUUCCAGGAGGGUCACGAAAACGAAUACACUGCUCUGGACAGCUCCACUCACGCCCUGAAUAUGUUUGUCAAGACGGAUGACGGUGCAGACCACCAAUAUGGCUCGAUCAUCAAGAGCAACUCCAACGGCACUUCAUUUGUGCUCAGCGCCUCUAAUGUCAACUGUGACGAUACACCAUAUGCUGAUUUCGAAAAGGUUGCAGGCUUGGAAGGAUUCGAGUUGAUCAACGUUGUUACCAACCCUGGCAAAGGAGAAAAGACCAAGAAGCUCCAAUCCAAGAUUUCACGCAAUGAUGGUGCGGAAUGGGGUUAUCUUGCUCCUCCCAGCAAGGACAUUGAGGGCAAAUCGUACUCUUGUAGUAGCUCCAACGGCGACAACUCCUGCGCUCUCCACAUUCACCACUAUACAGAACGCGAUGACAAACGCAAGACAUUUGCCGCCGUAACUGCUGUCGGACUCAUGUUUGGCAUCGGAAAUGUUGGCCCGAUUCUCGGUGAUAUCAAAGACGCAGACACAUUCAUGACUGCCGAUGGCGGUAUUACCUGGCAUAAUGUCAAGAAGGGGCACUGGACAUGGCAGUAUGGUGACCAAGGAUCUAUCAUUGUGCUCGUGGAACGUGCCACUCACGAUAAUAAGGCCACUACUAACAUGGUUUCGUACUCGACCGACGAGGGCAAGACAUGGACCGACUACAAGUUUACAGAUGACAAGGUGACGGUGCUCGACAUCACCACGCUGUCUUCUGGUACCUCGCGAAACUUUCUUCUCUGGUGCAGGUCAGAAUCGGGCAAACUAUUUACUGUCAACAUGGACUUUACUGGCCUUGCCGACAAACCUUGCAAGCUCGGCAGCCUUGGGAAGGAGGGAGGCGACCCGGACUACGACCUUUGGUCUCCAAAACACCCCAUGCUAGACAAUGACUGUGUGUUUGGUCACGUUGCCAAAUACUUGCGCAAGAAGACGGACCGACAGUGCUACAACGACCAGGAUCUCCAGCGUCUAUACAAGAAGGAGAACUGCGCCUGCACCCGACGUGACUACGAAUGUGCCUACAACUUUGUAAUGGACAGCAGCGGGCAGUGCGCCUUGGUCGACGGCCUCGAGCCGCUGUCUGGCAAAGAGUGGUGUGAAAAGUACAAUGCCACAACGUACUUUGAACCCACCGGCUAUCGCCGGCUGCAGCUUACGACAUGCGAGGGCGGCAAAGAGUUUGACAAGACAUCGACGGAGCACGACUGCGCAGGGUACGAGGGCGAGGUGGCCAAGAAGCACCGGACGUCGGCGGUGGCCAUUCUCUUUGCCGUGUUGCUUCCCAUUGCCGCGGCGGCCGCGGUCGGCUGGUACGUGUACCGCAAUUGGUCCGGCAAGUUUGGCCAAAUCCGCUUGGGCGAAUCGUCGUCGACGUUUGACAGCGACCAGCCGUGGAUCAAGUACCCUGUCAUUGCCAUUGCGGCCGUGGCGGCCGUGGUUGCCGCGCUGCCUGUCCUCGGCGCCAGUGUGUGGCGCACCGUCGUCGGCAGUGGUGGCGGUGCCGGCCGCAGCUGGAACCGCCGCUUCACGACACGGCAGAGCUUUGCCCGCGGUAGCGGCUACUCCCAAGUCGAAGACUACGACGGUGAACUCCUGGGCGAGGACAGUGACGAGGAUGUAUAG